AUGAUGCCGACUUUACCGCUGGUCGGGCCAGCCGUCAACUCAAUCAAGUCCUUUGGCCAACAGUCACCGCCACACCCAUCAUGGCACGGCUUCACCCCCGGCCGACGUAGCUACGCCCCCGACGCCUCCAUCGUGCUCGUCGGGAUCCGAGGCACAGGCCGCUCGACUCUCGCCGUGAUCGCGGCCAGCGCUUUAGGGUUCCGCUUACUCGACGCCGACCAGCAAUUCUUCCAGAUGACGGGCCUCUCACGCGCCAGUUACAAGACACAGCACGGUACGGCUGAGUAUCGAAGGGAAGAGCUAAAGCUUCUGCAUUCCAUGCUAUUCGAGAAUCCGACAAAGUCUAUUAUUGCGUGUGGGCCAGGAGCUGUGGAAGAGACGGGGCAGGCGUGGCUUGCGGAAUAUGGGCAGACGCAUCCUAUCAUCUAUGUCCUGAGAGAUGCGGAAGACGUGAAGGAGCAUCUCAAGGUAUGGGAUACUGAUGCCAUCACACGACUCUUUCAACUUAGUGGUCCAACACACCGAUCGAUAUCCAACUUUGAGUUUUAUAACAUUUCAGAUACCCUAGGAAAGGCCUCAGGCGAGCUCGCCACCAUACCCGGCCACCAGUCACCAAGGUCUCUUGCGUUAAAGCGGGUGGAGUACGACUUUCUCGGACUCAUUGACAGCAUCAUGGAAAGCGAUAGGCAGGGCUCGGAACGGUAUCGUGCCACCGAAGGAUCUGCUUCAUUACCACUGGAGCGCCGGCCAUACACAUAUUCUCUCAACUUGCCAAUGUCAUUGGUAGAGACCGCCGGGCCGGAACUUCGAAAUAUCACGACAACAGCCGAUGUUGCGGAACUAGUCAUCCCUGUGAGGGAACUACAGGCAACGUCGACCGAGUUUGAUGAUGCAACUGCGAAUCGCGUCUGUCGCUUGCUCUAUGCCGUCAGGAGAUUCACUCGUCUCCCUAUCAUCCUCAAUUUCGAACUGGAAUCCUCAUCUACUGGCAUAAUGAGCGGCUUCUCGCCAGAACACGCCUCCGCAUACUACCUUGACGUCCUGAACCACGGCCUCCGUCUCGCUCCAGAGUACCUCUGCGUAGAUCUCCGCUGCGACGAGAACAUCAUCCGAGAUCUAGUCGCAAGCAAAGGAACAACAAAGAUCAUCGCCCACUACACCUGCAACUCCCUCUCUCCAAGCGGCUGGCGGAACCCAGGCCUGGAGGACAAGAUGAGGCUGGCCGAGGACCUGGGUUGCGACGUCGUCCGCAUAUGUCGCGAGGCAAAGUCAACCAAGGACAACUUCGAGAUCCAGCACUUCAAGCACGGCGCCGGCAAGCCCAGAGACGUCACGAUUCCGCUGAUAGCGUACAACACGGGCCGCCUGGGCCGCAUGUCCUGCUUCAUGAACCCAACUUUCACGCCGGUCACCAUGAACCUGCUCCGGAGACUAGCUCCAGGCGGCUCGCCUCAUUGCCUCUUGACGAUUCGCGAGGCGCAAAAGGCACUCUACUCUUCCUUCCUUCUAGACCCCAUGUACUUUGGUAUCUAUGGCACCAAUGCAUCCACGAGUUUAUCGCCGUGCAUGCAUAACCCCGCCUUCAAAUUCUGCGGCAUGCCGCACGAGUACAAGAUCUUUCAGCAGCCUACCCUAAACUACCUACGCAAGCUCAUCUCCGACGAAAACUUUGGGGGCGCGAGUAUCACGGCCCCCUUCAAGAAGGAGGUCUUUGCCAUUGUCGACUUCACGAGCCCAGAAGCUCGAGCCAUUGGCGCCGUCAACACGCUGGUGCCGCUGCGCUCGCGGAACAUUGAGUCUCUGCUUGAUCGCAACAGAGCCGGUCCGGUCGUUGCUCUGUAUGGCGAUAACACGGACUGGAUCGGGAUACACACAUGCAUCCGGCAUAACUUAUCACCCAUCAACGGCGUCAAGAGGAGGACAACAGCGCUAGUUGUGGGUGCGGGAGGUAUGGCUCGUGCAGCGAUAUACGGGCUUCUGAGGCUCGAGGUUGUGAGGCACUUUAAUGGGUACCGAUUCACGAGCGACGGGGCAUCGACGCCGACGGAAGUCAACGUCUCGCCGAAAGUUGAUGCAGCUCCAAACAGCCCCACGAUUCGUGUUCUAGAAUCCAAAGAUGAUAAGUGGCCAGAUGACGCUGACUUUCCCACCAUUGUGGUAUCGUGUAUCUCUGCGCGCGAGGUCGACGGGGAGUCAUCGGCUGAUACGAGUCUGCCUCCGGGGUGGCUGGCUAGUCCUACAGGCGGAGUAGCCAUUGAGCUAUCGUAUACGCCUCUGGAAACACCUCUCCUGAAGCAGAUCCGCAGCAUGAGCGACCAAGGGUGGAUCGCCGUCGACGGCCUAAGUGUUCUGCCGGAGCAGGGUAAGAGACAAUUUGAGCUCUUUACUGCACGCAAACCUCCGAUCGAGAUGAUGCGUGAGUUGAUUUCGCGAGCGUAUAAGGAAAGGCUUGCAGAAGGGGGCAAGAUGCCAACAAGAGGGUAG